UCAGACUACUCUCUGCUUUGGGACAAAGAUAUUAGAGAUCCUUGUCGACAAUGUGGACAUACAAAUAGGAUUCUUGUACUAUCGCGUAUGUUGAGUGGGAGACGUGUGUCAAUUAUGACACUUUGGUCGCUCAAGCUCAUCGGAACUACGAUAAUUCGUGACUGAUAUUUUUCCUAGCUGAGACUCAUGUUGACAAUUCCUCGAAUGAAAAUAUGUUUAGUCCUAUACAAAUAAAGCACGAAUGUACUGUAGAGGAUGUUAAUGCGAGUAAUAGACUCAGCACUUCCGAGAGUUCUUUGUAUCCUUUUAUCAAUCAGGAUGUUGAGUAUAAGCAUCGUCAGUUAUCUCAGUUUUGGGAGCAAACACAGUUGUCGAAUGACAUAUCUGCGAAAAACGAGAUUCAUGAUCAACAGGUCAUGUUUCAGGCAGAAGAAACUGGAAGUUUGUCAUAUGUGAAGGAUGUACAAAAUUAUGUACAAAAUGGCAUAUUUUAUCCAGUUGAUCAGGAAGAUUGCAACAAUCAAAUGCAGACAAAUAAUCAGUGUAAUCAGAGUACAAGCAAUGUUGUCAUAAUGCAAGAGAACAAGCAAACGCAGUUAUCACAAGAUUUGCAAAAUGUAGGAGAUAUCAAUCAAACGUUGACAGCACAAUCGCUAACUGCCGUGAAAAACAAUCGUCUUGGGAGACCAUCAAAGAGUUCCACAGAGUCCAGCAUGGGAAAAAAAUUAAAAUGCCAAUGUGAGAUUUGUUUCAAAGAAUUUGGACACAAAAGUAAUUUAUUUAUACAUAUGAGAACGCAUAACGGGGAGAGACCAUACAAAUGCAAUCAGUGCGAAAAGUGUUUUACACACAGUGGAAACUUGGCUAUUCACAUGAGAACACAUUCUGGCGAGCGGCCGUAUGGUUGUCAGAUAUGUGGAAAAAUGUUUAGCCACAGUGGGAAUCUUUCUACUCACCUAAGGACUCACUCAGGCGUGAAGCCCUAUAAAUGUAGUGUAUGUGGUAAGGAAUUUAGACAUAGUGGUAACUUAUCGAUACAUGAAAGGAUACAUUCCGGAAUCAAACCAUUUCAAUGUAAAAUUUGUGGGAAAGAGUUCUAUCACAGCGGUAAUCUGACGACUCAUAUGAAGAAACAUCCUGUAAAUACAAAUGCAAACACGACUGACUGUGAAAAUAAUCAAAAACAUACCCUGCAAAUUGGUACAGAUGUUAAUUCUACCGCUUCUUCGAAUUAUUUAGACAAUGUGUCUUUAACGCUCAAUGAUGACAUUAAAUUAAUGCAUAAUACUAGUAAUGUGGUUCCUAUAAAGAAUGAAAGUACAGAAGAUACUGUAAGUACUAUGGGAAGAUUAACAUCUACUUCUAGUUGAAGGUAUAUAUAUGAUUAUUAUUAUGCAGGAUAAGUCAUAUAACUUAUUACAAGUUAAUAUUGUUGCAAGACAAAAAAA